UGCUACUGUUAAACUGUUUAGUAUCCUAGUUGCACCUCCUGGUUAUGCAAGUUAAAGUUACAGCAGGAUAUAGGCUCUUCUUCCUGAGACAUCCAGACUGAUCCGCACUGUUUCGGAUUCCCCUCCUUCCACCGCCUUUCUUACCCCACUGCAUCAACAACAUUUCAGGAGACACUAAUCAAGUAACACUCGUUUUCUACUUUCAUCAGUCUAGCUGUUUUCAUUUAUACUGGUGAGUCAUAUGUUCCUCUGUGUUGGGUCAAUUGCUUCCUUCAAUAACUGUACUAACCCUGACAUGUGUUGAAGCUCUAGUUCAUACGGAUAUUCCAACGGUUAGGACACCAGACAUACACAUACCGAUAUAUCAAAAUGCCCGAACACGAGGACGAGCUCUCCACCAGCAAGACUGAGGGAUUCAAGGUGGGAGAGAAGAAGACCAUUGAAGAAUACAAGAACCUCGAUCAAAACGACGAAUCCCUCAAUAGAUGGAAAGCGUCACUAGGCUUAAAUACCGGUGAACCGAUCGGCGAUCCCAACGAUCCAAGGACAUGCAUCAUCCAAUCACUCGCUAUUGAGACACCUGGCAAGCCCGAUAUCACUCUCGACCUGACUGGGCCUAAUGCUCUUGAAUCACUCAAGGAUAAGCCAUUCACAAUCAAGGAAGGCUCCAAGUUCUUCACCAAGGUCGUCUUCCAGGUGCAUCGCGAUGUGUUGAGUGGACUGAAAUAUGUCCAUGUGGUUAAGCGCAAGGGUAUCACAGUCACCAAAGAUGAAGAGAUGCUUGGAAGCUAUGCGCCAAAUACCACUGACAAACCAACAUAUGAGAAACGAUUCCAUGAAGAAGAGGCUCCCUCUGGCAUGCUUGCCCGAGGACAUUAUACUGUACGAUCCCGAUUUGUGGAUGACGAUGGUCACAUUCAUCUCGAAUUCACAUGGUCAUUCGACAUUGCUAAGGAGUGGGCGCACUAAACGAGAGUACAUUUCAUUCAUUUCAUCUUUCUCGUUCCAACUGAAGCGCAGCUUUUGAGUCCGACAAAUAUAUACCUAUUAAGCCGCAUUGCUAUGCAAAUAUGUUAUUCUUAUCAGCACGUUUGAGCCUGUUACCUAGCACAAGUGUUUUGCCGCUUUCUGCAUCAUAAAUCAAUGUCCGCCUCCGUAUUUAUGUUUUCCACUCGCUAUCGAAAGUUGCAAAAAAUAAUUGAACAUUGUUUGCACAUCUUG